AUGGCACAGGUGGACCUCCAGGAUGGGUGGGGUGAGGCAUCUCCUCUCUGCAGCUAUCAUCCCCGGAUGCUGAGCAUGAACUUGGAGAGGGAGGGUGAGGACCGUGGAGAGGCAGGAGACCAAGGGGGUAUUGGUGACCCUGAUCAGCAGCGUCAUCCAAGGAGCAGCUCCCAAGGGACUCAGGACAAUCCUGAAUUUCGGAGGCAGCACCCGCCCCGCAGGAAGGAAGAGAAAUUCUCUGACUCCUUUAGUGCCGGGGGUGUGGGGAAGAAACCCAUGGCAAUGCCUGGGAAGAAGGCCAGCUGGGAAAGAGAUGAGUCAAAGAUCACCCGGACCCAGGACUCCCCCAGAGCAAGCACGACUCCCAGUGCCCUCCCCAGGGGCCUCUCACACAAAUGGUUCUGUCGGACACAAACUCCUAGGGACCCAUUACCUGCUGGCAAUGAUGGAGACUCGAGGGCAAACCCAGACUCCGCCCUGGAUGUCCCAUCCAACUUCCCUGGUUCUGGAAGGUAUUUCUGUGCACAGACAGGUGUAGACAAAUACCCAGACAGCUCCUCUCCAGCGUGUGUCCCCAGGGUGGGGGGCAGUUGGGACUCCUCCACGCAGGAGACACAAACACUAGCCCAGGGGUCUGCCACCCCGGCCAGCCUGGCAGCGGAGGCGCUGGCCAACGUGCGGAAGGGCUGUGAGAAUCAGAACCCGGCGGGCGCGGCGGAGGGCAGGCAGGGGGAGGCGCGUCCCUACAAGUGCCUGCGGGGCGGGCGGGCCUUCCAGAAGCCACCAGGCGCCAAGCCUUACGCGUGCGAGCUGUGCGGGAAGGCAUACUCCCACCGGGGCACGCUCCAGCAGCAUCAGAGCCUGCACACGGGCAAACGGCCCUACCGGUGCCCCUUCUGCGACAAAGCCUACACCUGGUCCUCGGACCACCGCAAGCACAUCCGCACGCACACGGGCGAGAAACCCUACCCGUGCCCCGACUGUGGCAAGGCCUUCGUGCGCUCCUCCGACCUGCGCAAACACCAGCGCAACAUGCACAGCAACGACAAGCCCUUUCCGUGCGCCGAGUGCGGCCUGACCUUCAACAAGCCGCUGUCGCUGCUGCGCCACCAGCGAACGCACCUGGGCGAGAAGCCUUUCCGCUGCCCGACCUGCGACCGGGAGUUCGCGGUAGCCAGUCGGAUGAUGGAGCAUCAGCGCGUGCACUCGGGAGAGCGGCCCUUUCCCUGCCCCACCUGCGGCAAGUGCUUCACCAAAUCCUCCAACCUGAUCGAGCACCAGACGCUGCACACCGGCCAGAGGCCCUUCAAGUGUGCCGACUGCGGCGUGGCCUUCGCGCAGCCCUCGCGCCUGGCGCGCCACCAGCGCAUCCACACGGGCGAGAGGCCCUUUCCUUGCGCGCAGUGCGGCCAGGCCUUUGCGCGCGCCUCCACCCUGAAGCGGCACCAACAGAUCCACUCCGGGGAGAAGGGUUUCCUCUGCGCCGAGUGCGGCAGGGCUUUCCGUAUUGCCUCGGAGCUGGGCCAGCACAUUCGGAUACACAACGGGGAGAGGCCCUACCAGUGUGAAGACUGCGGCCAGGCCUUCACCCGGUCCAAUCACCUCCAACGACACAGAGCCAAGCACCGCAGCUGCAAGAAGGAGCCCGUCCCCUCCUCUGAUGAGUGA